AUGGCAUUAAUUACACAAUUCGACGAUUUACCGGAUCUAUUCUUUAUUGAUCUGUUUAAUUAUUUAUCUUCAAUCGAUAUUCUUUGGGCAUUUACCAAUUUAAAUAAUCGUAUUCAAACAAUAAUCAAUGAACGAGGUUUCUUUCGUCACAUCAAUUUAUCAUCAGCACGUCUGUCAAAAUUUGAUACACUUCUUACUAUACUUCCAUUGAAUCAAAUUCAAACACUCAUCAUUGACAUAGAAGCAUCGCCUCUUCAACUUUCUCGCUGGCCUUAUUUGCCUCAUUUGAUUACAUUACGAUUAUAUGGUUUACGUGACUUUAUAGAUGCUACCAAUUUUAUCCUUCGGCAUUUAACUUCACUCAUACAUCUUACAUUGGAAACAAACGAUUUAUUUAUGUCGACGGGCUUUACGGGUUAUAUUUUGCACCCUAGAGGACGUCUUCCAACACUUGUGAAAAAUGUUUUGCCACAUUUGAGUGCACUUCAGUCGCUCGAUUUGGGUCAAGAUGUUGGAUUCGGUCUCACGAAUUGGUACAUCACUACAAUACAAAGCUCUCUCAAUUAUCUUCGUGUAUCCAUGGAAGACAUACCACAUUUAUGUCAUGUUAUGUCAAGAGAGACACUUUCAACUACAUUAGAACAAUUGCAUGUAACAAUGCGUAGUCUACAUGCGAGAAGUAAAAAUAGUUUACCUAAAGGAUUAGUGUUGUCUAAAAUGAUCAAUUUGCAUACAUUCACUUUGGUGCAAUCGAUAUUUUCCUAUAAUAGAAUUGAAUGGUCAACUAUUGAAUCACUCACAGCUUCAAAUGUAAUGCCCGUACUUCGACGAAUGAAUUUGGCUAUUUUCAUUACUGUCGAUCAUUUAAAUUGUAUCAAUAGAUCAUCACUUUUCAUUGAUGAUCGUCAAAUCGAUGUUCAAUUCGCUUUCAUUAUAGACGAUAUUUCUCUAGGUAUUCAACUAAGUCAUCAUGUGCCACAUGGCAGUCGUUUUCAUCCACGGCAAAUAGUUGGUGUAACCUGUGUUCUAAGUUACUUAUCUCGAAAGUAUCAAGAAUUGACAAAUAUCAAUUGCUAUUUCAAUAAUUAUUCAUUGGCUUAUGAUGUUUGGUACACAUUACCAUGGGCAUUUGAACAAUUCUUCGACUCGAUUGAACCAAUUCAAUAUAUAACUAAAGUAGAAGUAUUAGCUCUACCUUCAUCGUACUCAUCCAUUAUUAGUUCAUCUCGAUUUCGUACACUUAGUAUAUCACAAAAUGACUCAUUACCAUCGAUUAUUUCAAUGCCUCAUGUUGUGCAAUUAAAUCAUGUUAACACAGUUCAUUUAUCAUUUCAUGAUUGGCCAACUGGUUUAAAUCUUCUUGCUCUUCGUCAUGUUACAUUAACAAAUAAUCUCAUUGCAUUGAAAAGCUUCUCUUCAUUUCCACCUAAUAUUCGUUCUAUUCAAAUUCUACUUCAUGCUGAUAAGCCGAACUUCGACUCAAGCAAUUGGUCUAUAUUGCGUUCACUUUCAGCCUUAACGAUGCUCNGAUGA